AGGAGGGAGGACGGGAGGAGGACAUCCUUCUCUGAUCCAUUUGUGUUUUUGUCUCCUGAAGGUCAGAAGUCAAUCUGUCAAUCAUCUGGUCUCAGCCAAUCAGGCCACAGCACUUCAACAUGGAGGCGUGACCAACAGGAUCGGCGGCCAUGUUGGCGUCCUUCAGACCGACAGGAAGCUUGAACCUGCUGCUGCUGUUUGGUGUCUUCCUGGUCCAUCCUGAAGGGGACGUGUCUCUGGAGCUGAUUCCUUCAAACUCUGAAGUUCUUCUCAGUUCGAACUCCAACUUCACUGUGGUGUGUUCUGGGUGGAGCCAGGUGACGUGGAGGACACCAGAGGACACUCUGGGGGACGGUGUCUUCGUGGACAGUCAGGGCUCCACUAGCGUUCUCAGUCUCCUCAAUGUCUCCUGGAGACUUUCUGGGAGAUACACCUGUGAGGAGACGUCCUCUGACCAGAGGAGAGACAUCGAUGUCUUCAUACCGGGACAAGGACCAGAGGAAUGGUUUGUCCCCUUGGGUCCAGGUGUGGUGAUGAAGGAGACGGAGGAGGACACUGUCCCCUGUGUUGUGUCCGACCCUCGUCUCAACGUGUCUCUGUACGAGCGUCCCACCAUGACGCGGGUCGGGGGGACGAGGUUCGAGCCGGGACGAGGCUUCACGGGACGUCUCAACGACACGUCCUACGUCUGCGUGGCCUCGGGGGACGGACAAGAGGUCCAGUCCCAGGUCAUCUACGUCUUCAGUGUAGUGGUCCCUAAGGAGAUGGACGUGGACAUGUCUGUCUCCAGCCGGGUGUUGAAGGUCGGGGACGUCCUCACCGUCAACUGCACCGUGUCCAACAACGAUGUCGUCUUUUUCUCCUGGGACUUCCCCCGGAGACAGGAGGUGGAGCCUCUGACAGAUUUUCUACCCAAUCGCAUUCGCUCCUUUGUCAACAUCUCCACAGCAACGGUGUCAGACUCAGGUGUGUAUGUGUGUGAGGUAGAGGACACGAUGGGAGGACGAAGACUGAAGAAGAACGUGACAGUGACGGUCCUAGAAAGGGGUUACGUCUUCCUGUGGCCCUCAGGUGAAACCAACAUGUCGUCCCUCCUCCAUCAAACCGUGACCUUCAGCGUGGAGGCCGACGCCUACCCCCCCCCCAACUUCCUCUGGACCAGAGGGAACCAGACCAUCGCUACGGAAACCACCUCUAUCGCCACGGUAACCACUUCCAUCAACACCAGACACCUGAGUGACAGCAGGUAUGUCACCACGCUGACGUUGGUCCGAGUGCAGAUGGAUCAGACAGGAAGUUACACCUUGAAGGUCUUUAAUGAAGACGACAACGAGGAAGUUGUUUACAACCUGGAGGUCAAAGCACCCCCUCGGAUCACAUCCCUGUCGGAGGUCGGCACAAACGUAGUGAGGUGUAUUGGUGAGGGAGCUCCGCCCCCCUCCAUCACCUGGUACACCUGUCACAGCUCACAAAGGUGCAGUAACUUGACAGUCGGCUGGAGGAACCUAUCAGCAGCCUCGGAGGGCGUGGCUCUGCAGGAAAACGUCACCGAAGAGAGGGGCGUCGUCCAGGUCCACAGUGUGUUGACUCUCCAGGCUCUCAGCUCAUUCUCGGCCGUUCGCUGUGAAGCCAGAAACUCUGCAGGACGUCGAGCCAGAGACCUGAGAGUUCUCUCCAGCUCUCUCCUGUCUCAGGUUGUAGUCUUGGCUGCAGUUCUGGUUCUGGUCGUGAUUGCGGUCAUCUUCCUCAUCAUCCUCAUCGCCCUCUGGAGAAAGAAACCUCGUUAUGAAGUUCGUUGGAAGGUGAUUGAGUCGGUGAGUCCUGACGGACGGACGUACAGUUACCUGGACCCUGAACACCUGGUCUACAGCAGCACAUGGGAGGUGGCACGGGACCACAUCCACCUAGGUCCGGUUUUGGGUUCAGGUGCGUUUGGUCGUGUUGUCGAGGCGACAGUUUCUGGUCUGAUCCACCCUGGGUCUACAACUAAAGUGGCCGUGAAGAUGGUGAAGUCCAGGAGUGAUGUGGUUCAGUCUCUGGUGUCAGAGUUGAAGAUCUUGAUUCAUCUUGGUCCUCAUCUGAACCUGGUCAACCUGCUGGGAGCCUGCACCCGAGGAGGUCCGGUCUAUGUGAUCACUGAGUUCUGUCGUCAUGGGGACCUGGCCACCUUCCUGCAGAGGAACAAACACACUUUCCUCCAGGCCGACGCCCACAGCGGGAGUGACGGAGGCUACAUGGACAUGGCCAAAGAAGAGAGCGCUCAGUACGUGACCAUGAAGGAGCUCAGAGACACCAACAUCGAACCCGCGUCCCCAGAGACGUCCUCCUGUCAAGCAGACCAGCAGGAGGUGUCUCCUGUCCUGAGUCUCCACGACCUCCUCAGCUUCUCCUUCCAGGUCUCCCAGGCCAUGGACUUCCUGUCCUCCAGACAGUGUGUCCACAGAGACCUGGCAGCGAGGAACGUCCUGGUCUCUGAGGGGAAGCUGGUGAAAGUCUGUGACUUUGGUUUAGCCCGAAACCUUCAGACGGACCAGAACUACGUGGCCAGAGGGAACAGCUUCCUGCCGGUGAAGUGGAUGCCUCCUGAGAGCAUCUUCCAGAACAUUUACAGCUCCCACAGCGACGUCUGGUCCUAUGGAGUCUUACUGUGGGAGAUCUUCUCUCUGGGUUGUAGUCCGUACCCGGACCUCCCCAUGACACAGGAGUUUUAUUCUGCUCUGAAGAGAGGACACAGAAUGACCAGACCUGAACAUGCUCCUCUUGAUAUUUAUGAGUUGAUGAAGCAGUGCUGGGCCGACAAACCUCAGUCCAGACCCUCGUUCUCCUCAUUGGUCGUCUCCCUGGGCAACAUGUUGAGUGACAGCUACAAACAGCACUACGCCCGGCUGACAGAAGACUUCCUUAAAGGAAAGCAUGCAGCUGUUGUACGAUGCAGAAGUGAGGAAGAUCACAAUGACACACAGGGAAGCCCCGCCCUCCAGGUGAACGUUAAUCCUCUGGAGGCGGGGCCAGUGGAGGCAGGCCCCUCCCACAACACUUACAUCAUCCCUGUUAGUGUAGAGAGCAGCGGUGGGUUAGCGCUGGACGCAGUCAGGCCUCAGCUGUCCGGCUCGGCAGCCAUCUUUGAGGAAGAGGAGGAGAGCUGCAUGUGAAGGCUCCAUGUGCCUGACAGACAACUGAGAGGGUUUAACAACCCACAGGUUUUCAAACACCAGGAAGAGGCUGAGCCCUCAGUACUGUCUGACUAACCUCCCUGUAAAACUGGUCCUGAGUCAGAUUUAGCUCCUCGUACUCUCCAUGUACUCUGCAUUAUCCUGAAGGUAUAGCUGUAAUUACUCUCUUUAUACAAAGUGCUUUUACAUAAACUGCUGAAUCUCUUUAUUAAAACCUCUCGUGCCUUCAUGAGUUCAUUCCCUCCAGAUGAAAGCAUGAAGUCUGAGAGGAUUCAGCCUGGAUUCCAAUGUGGAUUAUUGAGAAUAAAGAUGAAUAGUGAUGAAGCA